GAGAACUCGGAUGAAAAAACUCCAUUAAUUGGCGUUGACAGUAUGGAGAAAUCAGACAUGAACGGCUUGGAAAAUCAGGAAAUUCCUGAUUCAAAAAAGAAAAAGGGAAUGACAAAAAAUAAGUUGUUGGUUGUAGUCUGCAUUCUUAUGUGUGAAUUGUGUGAGAGGCUAACUUACUACAGCUGUGUUGCUAAUCUUGUUUUGUACUGUACAUCCAAGUUGGAGUUACCCACCAGCACUGCUACAACGGUCAGUCUCAUUUUCUCAGGAACGGUGUUUAUAAUACCAGUUUUUGGAGGAUAUAUAGCAGACACCAUAGCAGGAAAAUACAAUACCAUUCUUGGUGCUGGACUCAUUUACUUGUUGGGAUUGUUUUUGCUACCAGCUUCGGCAGUUGAUUACAGUAAAUGGUUUGGGCAGGAUAAUGAAGGGGCUAGUUAUGAUAUGACUGUAGAAACCAGAAAGUCUUUCUUUUUUUCUGGUUUGGUAUUUAUUGCUCUUGGGACAGGUGGCAUAAAAGCAAAUGUUGGACCAUUCGGAGCUCAGCAGGUGGACGAUAUGGGACCAGAAGCAGUGCAGUCGUUCUUUAAUUGGUUUUACUGGUUUAUUAACGCUGGUGCUUUGGUUGCAUACUCUGGUGUUGCAUAUAUUCAACAGAACAUCAGCUUCGAGAUUGGUUUUCUGAUCCCAUUAGUCAGCAUGUUUAUUGCUCUUAUAUUGUUUGUUAUUGCCAAAGGUCAAUAUGUUAUCACUCAACCAGGCGGCAGCAUAUUACAAGAUUCUGUAGGAGUAUGUAUGGCUACAAAAUGUCGAGGAUUUGACAAAGCUCGAGGUCCAUACAGCAAUGAUAUGGUUGAUGGCGUGAUUGCAGUGCUGAGAAUUCUACCGGUCUUUCUUCUAAUAAUCAUAUACUGGGCUAUCUACUCUCAGAUGCAAUCUUCCUUUUUCCUGCAGAGUGAGCGAAUGAAUAUUUAUAUUGGCGAUGCUAAGAUGCCUGCAGCUCUUCUUAAUAUAUUUAAUACAAUUAUAAUCUUGAUUCUCAUACCAAUUAUGGACAGAGUAGUUUAUCCAUUCUUAGCAAAAAUAAACAGAAGCCCAACACAUCUUCAAAGAAUAGGCGUUGGAUUUAUUCUUGCCACGUUAUCAGUGGUUGUGGCUGGUAUUUUAGAGAUUUAUCGUAAAAAGAAUUUAGCAUCUACUGGUGGAGUAACACAAGAUCUAGCAGGCGAUACUUUCAAUGCAUCUACUAUAUCAUUCUUUGCUCAAGUUCCAGAAUUCGCGCUUGUUGGAGCAAGUGAAGUUUUCACCAGCAUUUCAGGACUUGAAUUUGCAUAUUCCCAGGCUCCAGACUUUAUGCAAGGUGUAUGUAUGGGAUUGUUUCUAAUGAUGUCAGGAUUGGGAAACUAUGUAUCAGAAGCUAUAUUGAAGAUUGUCAGGGCAGCUACUGGAUCCGAACCACCAGAUUCAUGGUUUCCAGAUGAAAUAAACGAGGGUAAAACAGAAUAUUUAUUCUUCCUGCUUGGAAUAUUGAUGUUUGUUGAUUUCGUUAUUUUUGUGUUUGUUGCAAAAUGUUAUAAAUACAGAAAAACCCAGGCUGAAAAUUAUGAAGCAUUAACAGUACCUGAAAAACAAGUUCUAUCAGAAAAACAGGCACCACCAGGAUAUGACAAUGCUGUAUAUGCCGAUGAAAGUUAUUCAACAAAGUUUUAACAAAACAGAUUUAUUCUUUUAUAUACGGUUAAUAUCGGCGAUACAAACAACGCAUUCAAGUAAAUAUCAUAACGACGAAUAUUUAUAGCAAUCGUGAAUUUUUACCGCUACGACUGCAUCAUCAUUGCAAGGCUUUGAUAUUUCUUUUCCAUUUAUCAAUAUACAUUCUCUGAAAAAAGCCAAUACUUAUACACAUUUUAAUGGAAAGUUUUGAUAGUUGAUUUUUAAAUUUCUCUUUAAAUGUUUCGUUGAAUAAAAUUUGAAUUGUA